UCCGCUACGUAUAAUAAUAAAAAUACCGUCAAAGAUGGGAGACGGGGGGCUCAAGGGCCGCAGCCAUACCCGACUCGAGUUGGCUGGAAAGUUCGCUAUAGCAGUGCCAGUGUGGGUCGAUCGGCUGCUGGUGUUGGUCCCCGCUGCUCCUCUUCCAGCUCCGGGUGAUGGAGUAUGAUGUGAGCCCGGGAGCUCCCGGUCCAGCUCCGUCUUCCCCCGGCGGGGAUGUCAAAUCCUAAGUGCGCCCGAAACACUCGACUUCAACGACGAAGCGGCAGGCUGAACUUCUGGCUGUUUUCCAUUUGGUUAAUUUAUACAGUCAAGCUAAGAGCUAGCGUUAGCACCGAGUGACUAGCCAGUUGCCUGCUGCAGCGGUUGUUGUGCCGUGACGUACGCGCAGUGGGCGUGUUCUGCCGUGUGGCUGCAGAUAGACCUUCUCGAUGGAUUUAAUGAAAACAGAGAAGCGGUGACAACGACGGCGGCGGCGGGGGGCGGAGAUUAAACCCCGUACAUAUACUCUGUAAAUCAAACUGCCCUUUCUUCCAGCCUGCUCGUCUCUCUCUCUGCUGCGACAUAAUCGACAGGGCAAUCGCACCAUGUCGAUGAAGGUGCUGGUGACGGGAGGGUCCGGCCUGGUGGGCCAGGCCAUACAGCAUGUGGUCAAAGAGGAGCGGGGAGCCAAGGAGGGGGAGGAGUGGAUCUUCCUCUCCUCCAAGGAUGCCGACCUCAUGAAAGCAGAGGAGACGCUGGCACUGUUCCAGAAGCAUCGGCCGACCCACGUCAUCCACCUGGCCGCUAUGGUCGGAGGACUUUACAGGAACAUGAAGUACAACCUGGACUUUUGGAGGAACAAUGUGUACAUCAACGAUAACGUGCUGAACGCGGCACACGAAGUGGGCGCCAUCAAGGUGGUGUCGUGCCUGUCCACCUGCAUCUUUCCAGAUAAGACCACCUAUCCCAUCGACGAGACCAUGCUCCACAACGGUCCACCUCACGAGUCAAACUUCGGUUAUUCCUAUGCAAAGAGAAUGAUCGAUAUUCAUAACAGGGCGUACUUUCAGGAGCACGGCCGCUUCUACACAGCUGUGAUCCCCACCAACGUGUUUGGGCCUCAUGACAACUUUUGCAUCGACGACGGUCAUGUGGUGCCCGGUCUCAUCCACAAGACGUACACCGCUAAAAGGCUCCACAUUAAUCAGAGGAGGGAAAGCCCCUCGUGGUCUGGGGCUCUGGAAAGCCUCGACGACAGUUCAUCUACUCUCUGGACCUGGCUCGUCUCUUCCUCUGGGUCUUGUGCGACUACAAGGAGGUGGAACCGAUCAUCCUCUCGGUUGGAGAGGAAGACGAGGUGUCCAUCAAGGAGGCGGCGGACGCAGUCGUCCAGGCGAUGGGCUUCGAAGGGGCAGUUGAAUACGACACCAGUAAAUCUGAUGGCCAAUUCAAAAAGACGGCGAGCAACGCCAAGCUGUGCCGCUACCGUCCAGACUUCAAAUUCACGCCCUUCAAACAAGCUAUGAAGGAAACCUGCGAUUGGUUUGUCGCCAACUACGACACCGCCCGCAAGUGAAGUGACCCAUCGCCCCCGAUCAAGAUGGGACGAGAGAGAAAUCAUGGUGAUGGUGGUGGUGGCUGCUCUGUCGGGUUUGAUUCUGUCCCUGGGAUGGUUUGCACACUUAGUAGUCGAGACCUGAACUAGUCCGUACGCCUUGAGGCGGGACGUGUCAAUGCUCGUUGGCCACAUUUCCAGUUGGGACUGUUUUGUUAUUUUAUUGACCCGAGCGUGUGUGUAUUGUUUACAGAUUAUUUGGCGCACGACAUUUUUCCCAUUUGUUACUUAUUUUAAAUAUGGAUCCUAAUAAUAAUAAAUUUCAUUUAUAGAGCACUAUAUUGCUAAAAGCAAUCUCAAAGUGCUACAGAGUAAUAACAAGAUAAGCGAAAAAUAGGUUUAUAUACACUAUUCUAUAAACAAGGCCCCUGGAUUCUAUAGCUCAUCUGAACUUUGAAGUCUGCGUCCAACAUGUUUCUCCACAAUCAUUUACAUUGCAGGCAUUUUAUUUUCACAACCUCUAUGUAAGGUUUUCUGAGUUUUAGUCACUACAGUAGCCUUUCAAAUGUUUUCAGUCUUAAGAAGUUUUAGUUGGUCAUGGUUUGUCCAGGAUAACUAAUUUCAGCGGCACGUUUUACCACUGGAGGACCUGAAGGGGGUUUGGGACGUCUAAUGAAUGACAUGGGUUUGAUUUGUUUUGUGGUCGGAUAGUCGAAGGCUACGGCGUCUUCCCUUUCCUUACGCUGCACAAAAUAAAAUGUAUCUCGUCA